CUAAUUUGAGUGUCCAGGAUUUACAUAUACUACAUUACGUCUAGUCUAUGAGACCAGGCUGUCACACUACACCGUUCAACAGUAGACAUGGAUGAUUAAUCUCCUUACUGAUCGCACAACGUCUAGUCUGGCAGCACCUUACCCAAUCACUGCUCACCUUUUGAGAGGGUUCUUGUGUAUUGUUACAAAUCAAAUAAUCAUAAUGCUCAAUUUUCUGUAAUUUCAGAGCUGUAAUUUCUGUAAUUUCUAUUAAGCUUUUGACACCAUAACACUCAAGAUGCAGUCAAUAUGAUUUACAGCAAUCAAUAUGAUUUACAGCAAUCAAGAUUUGCAAUUGAUGUCAUCCUUCAUCAUGCAGUUCAAUUCUGGACUGGCCUCUUUUAGGGAAAUCAAAUCAGCAGCACACGGGGUGUUGUAGGUUGAGGAGAACAUCUCUAACUGUUCUUUUAUAUAAUGUGUGAGAUUUUCACCAUCCACUCUGCACCCCCAGUAAGAUUCUCUUGAACUCUGAUAGAAGAGUAUUGGACUGAGCCUGUGUAUGAGGUGCUAAUCCAAACUAAAACCAUAUCAUGGGAUUUAUAGGGGCAAUCUGCAGUUCGAAUAAUAACAAAGUAGGCACUCCACCACUGAUUUGGUAAACAGCUGAGGCAUGGGGCUGGAGAAAUGUAACCACUCCCAGAGUCACGGAUAGAGCUAUGGAUCGAAGGACUGACCAUCCAUGAUAUCAAAAGUAUAGUUUUAUUCAUGAUUUGAGGCUGUACAGUGUUUGUUUACAUUUACAUUGUUUGCAAACAUUGGGGUAAAACAAGUUUAUUUUAGGUUCUGAUCGAGUACGACAGUGGAGCUAAGCUCAUAAGUUAUAUUCUUCAAGAAUCAAUGGGUCUAUAUCAUUAAUUUAGAAGUCGAAAUAUUGAUGUUUUAACUGCAGAUUGUCCCUUUAAGUGCCCCUGUACUAUGUCUCUAGACGUCAGAUUGUUUUUAUGAGGGGAGCAGGACAUAGAGGAGUGACGAAUGCCUGGCCUGGCCCAUAAUGCUGGCAUGUGGUCAAGUUCCUCUUUCAUAGACAUGGAUGACUCCCUAUGGGCCAGUGAGGAUAUAAAAACCACAGAACCAAGUCUUCAUACAGCCAGUGUUCAGGCAAACACAUCACGGGACUAACUUUCACUGAACAGGAGAAGAUAUAAGGCCUUAGUGGGAGUUGGCUGUAAAAGCAAUCACGGACACAGAGUACCCAUGGCAUCGACACACUCUAACCUCUCAAUGGCCACCAACUCGUCAGAAGAUCUAAUGAUCAAUUCUUCCUCAUGUGAUUCCAUCUCCCCCUCUCUGCAUCAGAACAAGCUGAUCCCCACCAUCUACAGUGUCAUCUUUGUCCUUGGUUUCGUGGGCAAUAUCUUGGUGGUGUUCGUGUUAUGUCAAAAGUCCAACCGUAAAACAGUGGCCAACACUUACAUUGUAAACUUGGCCCUCUCAGAUCUGUUGUUCCUGAUCAGCCUGCCUUUCUGGGCAAUCUACUACUCCUUUGACUACAACUGGAUGUUUGGUGGGCUGAUGUGUAAGCUAUGUGGCUGCCUCCUCUCCCUGAAUGUCUACGCCAGCAUCUACUUCAUCACCUGUAUGAGUGUGGACCGAUACAGAGCCAUUGUCUAUCCCCUCCAGUCUCAGUGCAGCAGGAACCUGUGUCGGGCACGAGUGGUCAGCGGUGUGAUCUGGACCAUCGCCGGCCUCAUGACCAUCCCCACCAUGGCCUUCCGAGACACCUACCACCUGAAGGAGCUGGGGGUCACGGCCUGCGUCCUCAUCUACCCACCUACCCAGCCCUACUGGUUCCCAGGCCUGGCCCUGACCAAGAACAUCCUGGCCUUCUUGGUGCCCUUCACAGUCAUCGCCAGCUGCUACUGCCGCAUCGGGAAGCACCUCCUGGGGGGACAGCCCAGCCUGGACAAGAGUUCCAGCAACCUGGACCGCGUAAUGAAGAUGGUGGUGGCUGUGGUGCUGGCCUUCUUCGUCUGCUGGUUCCCCUUCCACGUGCUGACCUUCCUGGAUGCCCUGAGCACCCUGGGGGUGAUGCACAGCUGUUGGGUGCGCCAGGCCAUCAUUACCCUGAUGCCCUUCACCCUCUGCCUGGGCUUCUCCAACAGCGCCAUCAACCCUUUCCUCUACUGCUUUGUGGGGAACCACUUCCGGGAGCAGCUGUGGCGGCUGUACGAGGAGAAGGCUCCCAGGCUGUCCCAAAAGAGAGACUCCAUCAGCACCAGGCUCAGCUCCUUCUCUAGGAAGCUCAGCGACCUCAAGGACACAGGGCCACUGGAGACUCUGGACCAACACAGUAGGGGCCCCUAGUCUAAGGAGGUUACAUGGCAGGACUAUGAGAGGCCUGUCUGUCAGAUGUGUAACAGUUGACACCGGGGAUCCUGAAUAACCCCCAGGCCUAGUCUCCAGGGGACGUUAACCCCCCUAUCUACUCCUAAUUAGGGACAACCUGCAGGCUGGACAGAGGGAAUAUAAACAUAGAUUUAAAUGUCAGUUUAACAUCCCAUGCCACCAAGCUCAUGUUAGGGGGAAGGGAUAUUAUAUCACCAAAUCUACAGUAUAUGUGCUGGGUAAACCUGUCAUGUUUUCUGAGAUACACAGGCCAGUGUGAUAAUAAGUGUGUGAAAUAUACAACUACAGUGUAUGUGCCUUUGUACUAGUUACAAUAAUGUGGUAUGUGUAUGUUGUUUUUAUUGUAUAUAAGUAACAAAAAUAUGUCAAUGAACACAGCCUUCUAAACGGCAAGAAAAGGUCCAUGCAAACAUCUACUGUGAACUGUAUAAUUUGUGUCUCUUGAACCAUAAUUAACAUUGUAUUGUGUCAAAUGUACAACCCUUAUCAGGAUACGCUAUGAAUUAUAUGUUUUCCAGUCACUCUUCAUUUGAUAUAACAGAACAAUGAAAGCCAGACAGUAAUGGCAGUCUUCUUGGUGUGAAAACAAAACAUAUAUUCAGUUAUGGCCAUGAUCAAGUUGAACAUGGGAAAGCCAGGACUUGAGUUUGCAUCACAUUGUAGCAAUUUGAAGAUGCAUUUGAUUGUUUGUCAUACAAUCACAACUUGCUGUUUUUUUUUCUCCUGACAUUUCUGUUUGCAACAGUAAUGGAGACAAGGACAUAGACUGAGUAACAAGCAUUGAUAUAGGCAGUUUUACUGCCGCUCUGUGGCUGGGUUUGAGAACUGCAGGUGCAAAGGAAUUCUCUCUGAUUGAUAAUUGUGUAGUUUUUACUUCAAAUUGUAGUUUUAGUUAUUAAAACCCUUCCAGACCCAUCAUAUUAUCAACUAAUAUGGUCUGAACAUUACAAUGAACAGAAUAGGGAAAAACAAAUCAAGGUGACGUACAUGUAAAUACAGGUACUGUACUUCAAUGUUGCAUGAGAAUGUAUAGUGUAUUGGACAUAUUUGAGGUUUAAGAAGGCUUCUGAAGUUUGUAAUUUCCACUUUGAAAUUUCAGAUUGAUUUUACCUUUCGAAAAAUGUGUCAACCCCUACAAUCUUCUUUUCCUGAAUUAGAAUUCACAUUUCCUGUUGCUGCAGGAUUAUUUUCCUGUUGUAGCAAACUGGCUCAAAUUAAGAUCUUACAUCUGUAAGCCUAUGUGUGAUCUUUUCUUUCCUCUUAGGAUAUGAUAUGAUUUCCUGUUGAUGCUACCGUACUGUAAAUACUACCAUACCGA